CAAGUAGUCUUUGAUUUUACUAUCAAAGGAAAUAUUAUAGUAGACCAGACUAGACUCUAAAUAGGAAUAGCGAAAUUCGAUACAAAAUUCUUUCAGAUUAUGGAGUCAUUAUUUGAUCAGUUGAAGAAAAUACAAAUUGAUGAUGGAAACGUCUUAUUUGAAGAGCCUACAAAAGAAGAAAAUGCAGUACUUCAACCAAUUCAAGAUCAAGAUGAUAUUCUAGUAACCAAUAACAUUGAUCAGACAAAAACUAAUACAGAUCAAUUAGAUGAAAUCUUCAGUUCAACUGACAUUUUGUACACUAAAUACGAAGAUAAUAAUUCUGAUAAUGAUAGUUGGAAUAGUUAUUGUAAACUAUUGGAUAUGUUCGACAGCAAAUUCAAUUGGGACUCAAACUCUGAAGGCGAUGGGAAUUCCGGAUUAAAAUUUUAUAAUAUUUUUGAAGAUAUUGGUAAUCUAUCGAAAAUCGAGAAAGAAUUGGAAUUACUCUAUAGACCCUUCACUUGUCUCAUGGAUGCUAAUUGCCGUUUCAAUUUAUGCGAAAUAUGCCUUCUAAUAACCGAUUCGCGCUAUGAACCUGGCUGUCAUCCUUCCGUUUCGAUUAAGACGACAUUUCCAAUGGCUAGGGUGAAAGUCUAUGAAGGCGGAAAAAUGCUCUCGUCUGCCCUGACAGCAGAUGCUGCCCGAAAUGCAAUCUUUAGUGUCAUUCAAAUGGUUCAGGCUCUGAACAUUAAAGCUGAGGUUCACACACUUACGCAUAACAUUGUGAAUGCCUCAUUUUGUAUGCCCUUUAAAGUGGACCUGGAAAUGUUGGCUGAACUCCAUGGCGAACAGGUUUCCUACAAUAUCAACAAACGACCUUUUCUUACCUAUUCCAUUGAGGGUACAGAGAUGCGAUUUGUUGUCUUUGCCAGUGGUUAUGUCAUGGUCCUACAUUCGUCUAAGCAUAGCGAAACACGGGCUGCCAUUGCCGGCUUCUUGCCCAUUUUGUCUGAUUUCAAGGAUGGCUAUCUAACAGAGGAAGAGCAGAAAAGUUUAGUUUUUGGUGAUAUAACCUACAAAUUACUCUGGGAACGUAAACUUGAAGACGAUAAAGAUGGUCUACUCCUAUACGACUGAAUACUAGCUGCAUAUUUCAAAAUUUGUUAAUGUACUUUUUCUUUUAGGUUUCUUUUUUUUUUUUGUUUUGGUGUUUGUUUUCCAGUUUUGUUUGUUUUGUUUGCUGCAUGUAUUUCCAUUUGUCAUAAACCAAAGUUCUGUA